AUUGACCAUCUUCUACCAACCCACCAUCCUCACAUACCAAAAAACCUCUCACUCGCACACAUCCAAGUCCUCAAAACUACACAUCCCAAUCACUCAUCAAGAUGGUACGUUCCAAUUCCUCUCCCCGCCAUCUCAAUGGCCUUAACACCCCUCUCCCCCUCCGUCACACAGGACAGAGACCGCCCCCUCCGCAAACCCGGAAUCAGAGUCAGACAAUUGCGCAAAGAUAAAUAGCUAACACCCACCCAGUCUACCGCUCUCAAAUCCAUCAAAUCCCUCGCACCACUCCUCGAUCGCGUCCUCGUGCAGCGCAUCAAGGCCGAGACCAAGACGGCGAGUGGCAUCUUCCUCCCCGAGAGUGCGGUCAAGGAGUUGAAUGAGGCGAAGGUGUUGGCGGUUGGACCGGGCGGGUUGGAUAAGGAGGGGAAGAGGGUGCAGUGCUCUGUUAAGCCUGGUGAUAAGGUUUUGAUUCCUCAGGUAUGUUUUGUUUUGGUGGUUUUGCGUGGAUGUAUGGCGGGGUGAGUGGGUGGAUGGAAGUGCUGAUUUUUGGACAGUAUGGUGGUUCGCCGGUUAAGGUUGGGGAUGAGGAGUAUGCUCUUUUUAGGGAUUAUGAGUAUGUUAUCCCCCCCCUCUCUCUCUCUCUCUCUGUUUAUUCUCUUUAUGUACUGAAAUUGUGCUUGUCUUGGUGGGGUGGUGUGGUGCUAAUGGAUGUACAGGCUCCUUGCCAAGAUCAAUGAGUAAACUCUCCCUUGUUUUUUCACGCUGUCAUGAGAGAUGAGAUUAUUCAGUCAUUCGAUCAAUGUACCAUAAAUCAACCAUGUAUAAAAUGCCUUUAAUUUGAGGGAAGUUAGAUGGGAAGGGAUGUAUGUGUAUGUUUUUGUGGGUGGAGAAGGUUGGUGGUUGAAUGGAUGGAUGGAUGGAUGG